GUUGCGAACCCAAACGCGUGGGAGCUUCUUGGUAAAUCUGCACGCUAGAUGCUCACUCAGGUGGAGAUUUGGGCUGCAGUUCCACGUCCAUGACGCUUCUGGGCUGAAGAGAAGUCUCCUCAUGGCGACACCUGAAGUCCCUCUUCCUCCCUCUCUAUUCGGACUGGACCACUUGUUUUGGAUAAACUCCAAAUUGUUCGUGGCAGACAUUCUAGCUUUGCUCCCACAUCCUGAGAUCGCUGAUGUUUACCUGUACAAUAACCAUCCCUUGCGCAAGGUGGAAGUGACUGGAAUUAUUGUGGGAAAAGAAGAAUCGGCCAGUUUUGUCUUAUACACAGUUGAUGAUGGCACUGGCCUUGUACCGUGCAUAAGCUGGUUUUCUCGUACCGAACGGUUCCUAAUUGAUCGGAAAACACUCCUAUUGGGAACGCUAGUUAGAAUAGCAGGUCGCGUGUCGGAUUAUCGAGGUCAGAGGCAGAUAACUGUGAAUGCGAUCUCAGCGGAAAACGACCCGAAUAUUGAGACUAUGCGAUGGCUAGAAGUUAUCGAUUUGAAGCAAUCUGUUUACGAUGUGCCCCUCGAGAUCUCUGGUGGACACAUGGAGCGUGCUCGGGUACUAUUGAUGUCCCCAGAAACCAAUAGGGUAGCAGCGAACAACUGCCCCGGGGAUCGAAAUCCGUCCGUGGAGCUGGAACAGCUUCUAAGGGAAAAGCGUGACCUAGAUACGACCGAACAAGAUUUAAAGCGGGCCUUAAAGCUCUUCAUCCAGAGCAAAGAACUGGUGCGAGUUCCCUACAUGGUUCUCAGACAUUCGGACGAGAUUCUCUUCCUAGUUAACAGGUUGCUGAUGACACAAAAUCAAAUAUCAAAUCCUAGUGCACAACGAGUUAACUCAACCUUAGCCCGUGCCGUGCAAACUCUGGUUAGGGAGGGAUUCAUGUAUUUGUACAGUGAAGAGGAGGAUGUGUAUGAAAUUAUCCGUCACGAUGUCAACCUGGGAUUGGCGAUUCUCAACCUUAUUAAAAGCGAUGCAAAAUGCCAGGGAGGUGCGGUAUUGGAAAACAUCAUCUUCACUCUGCGAUUGGAUAAGAAAUUCAAAUAUGUCCACAAGAACGCCAUUGAGAAGUCCGUUGGGCUUCUGGUCAAUGCAAGCGAAAUUUAUGAGGUAGACCACAAGGAAUACAGAGCUGUUGAAAUAGGCUGAUGGAGCAGUUCACCCAAAUGGGGGAUAGAUAGCUCAGUCUAGGAGGCCGAAAUUGACCGUCAUACAGCGAUUGUACCUCAAGUAUAUAGAACGUGAAGUAACUUGGCGCCAGUCUUUCUAGUCCUGGAUCUCGUCUGCUCAACCCAUUGCUAAAGCAAUGUCGACGCGAUAGGGGCAGCAGUCAAUAUAUUCAGUCCCAUUGUGAAAAGGUCCUUCUCAUAGUCGUCGUGAGCAAAACGAAUUUUGUUCUCACCCACCCAUUCGAUGGCGAUCACUAAUGAGGGGAAGGUUCACGUACUACUCAACUCAAUGACCCCGGCAGACGCAUCCCUUUACAUGCGAACCGCAAAGCACUUCAACCGGAUCCUCCCAUCCAUUAAUGAGCAACCCUUAACGAUAGAUUCUCUAGUCAAGUCAAGACCUGGAACCGCAGCGGAACAAGCAGCUUUGGAAAGAUGCCAUAUCUGGAGGGACCAAAUACUUGAGAAGAGCACUCGAGUUCGCAAGUUGAUGCAGGGCCUUGCAGAAAAGGGCUGCGCUUUUCGGAAGGAGAACUUCACAUGCAUAACAUGCGACGAAAAGUUGGCAGGGGGCUUUGGCCCUGCUGUAGGGGUCCAUCUAUGCAGCAAUAUUUUUCAGACAAAAGCGCACAUGGAAGACACCAUGGCCCACGAACUCGUCCACGCAUAUGACUAUUGUCGAGCGAAUCUCGUUGAAACUAACUGCCAGCAUCAUGCUUGCACGGAAAUUCGUGCGGCCAGUUUAAGCGGUGAUUGUGAUAUGUUACGGGAGUGGAGUAGAGGAAACUUUGGCUUCUUUGGCCAGUUUGAGAAAUGCGUCAAACGUCGAGCAACUUUGGCAAUAUCUUUCAACCCGUCUUGCCACGGAGAUAAAGCUAGACAGACAGUGGAAGCAGUCUAUUCACAGUGUAUUGUUGAUAUAUCACCUUUCAGUAAAGAAGAGCUAAUAGAAUCAUAAUAGCUGUUGUACACCAACAAGCCAACACUUGCUUCUAGAACCUGUUGCUCGAGUUCUCUUCAUUUUAAAUUACUGGACACAACAUCCGGAAUGAUGGAUAUGUCACCACGAUUCGAGUUCAUGAUCGCGGUGAAAAUGUUUUCAUUCACUUGCGUGAGGUGUUCGGGUACUUAAGAACAGCAUCCAUGACAUAAGACGAUGGACUAUCCGUGCACGGUAUACUCGACAUCGAAGAUCUUGACCAAUAACUCAAAAAAUCGUACAUCAUUCCACACUUCGGAAGUAAAUAUGCACUGAACGAGCGCUCCCGAGUCAAAUCUUUCAACAAAGAACUGUUCAACCUCCUGUAGAUCGCUUGAGAAAUAUAAAUGCGUCACUGCCUCCCAUUCAGGCCCUAUGAGAUCGUUUGUAACGGGAUACGGCACCCCCAGAUCGAUAUCGGCUUUAUGAAUGUUAGAUAGCGCUGGAGCAGAGUUGCCCCUUGGAACGGUGGAUAUAUGAUAUAUUCAAACCACUCUUUU